CCGCAAUGCUCCUCGCCCUUCUCCGGCUGCACCCCCCGGAGAGCACGCACGCCGUCGACGCGCCGAUCCCCUCGAGCGCGGUCGACCUGCGCGUGAAGAACUUCCGGGCGGGCGUCGACCCGCGAGGCGUCGGGAGCGCGAUCGGGCUGCACGCGUACGUCGCGCGCGACCUCGGGCGGUUCGUGCACGUGCACUCCGGGCUGGGUGGGGAGGCGGCGGAGGGCAGGCUGCUGGAGGACCUGUGGACGCUGGGAAGGGAGAUCAGGGGGCAGGUCAACGAGCAGCAGCGGUAUAUGGACCGCGUGGGAGUGUGGGGCGAGGAGGCGAUGGAGAUCCUGGGGCACUUCACGGCGGGAGUCAAGGCACGAGACCUGCCGCCCGAAGAACGGCUCGGGAAGCUUUCGCCGCUGCCCAACGUAUCGUCCAUAGGAAUCGUCGACGGCCACCUGUCGCCUGCGCACGCGCUCCCGGGCGGCGCGGGCGUGCUCGCCGUCUCCGCGCCGCGCUUCAGCUCGCGCAUCCCAUACAACCCCUCGAUGCUCGUGCACGCGUACACGUGGCAGGGCGUGCUCUACCUCCCGUUCAGCUUCGCCGAGGGCUACCUGGGCUCGGUCGAGGAGCAGAGGCGGCGCCGCGCCGGGGGCGGGGACGCGCCGGUGUUGGCGUUCGUGGAGGAGUU